AUGGCGUCUAGACCGCAUCCUCCCCUCUGCGCACGCUCCGCUAGCCCCCACAUUCCCCUCUCCAUGGUCGUUCCCGGUUCCGCUCUAGCCGCCGCGCUCGGUGGGCGCCACCGCCAGCCAAUCGCAGGGCGCGGACGCCGCUGGCCCCGCCCCGCGGAUCAGCUGAGGGAUCCGCAAUGUCUGUUGACAGCGGCGACGCAGCCGGUUCCGGGUUCGGCGCGGGGCGGGGGAUGUGAAUCUGAUGGAGCGGCCGGCGGAGGGCGAGCAGCCGCCGCAGCAGCAGCCGUGGGGAAGGCUCCUCCGCCUGGGCGCCGAGGAGGGCGAGCCGCACGUCCUCCUGAGGAAACGCGAGUGGACCAUCGGGCGGAGGAGAGGAAGUUUGGUGAAGAGCAGAAGCCCUGGAGACAAACUGCCUGUGUUUCCAACCUGGCACCACCACGUUGUGACCUUUCGUUCCCCGGCAAUAAGCUGGUCUCUGGAGAUCACUGUAAAAUUACAGUGGAUGAAAAAUCUGGUCAGGUAUCACUGGAGGAUACCAGCACAAAUGGAACGGUAAUUAACAAGCUGAAGGUUGUUAAGAAGCAGAUUUGCCCUUUACAGACCGGGGAUGUCAUCUACUUGGUGUACAGGAAGAAUGAGCCAGAACACAAUGUGGCAUACCUCUACGAAUCUUUGCAUGAGAAGCAAAGCAUGACACAGGACUGCUUUGAAGCUAAUAAAGAAAACGUGUUCCACGUCACCAAAGAUACCUCAGGGGCCGGGCGAGAUGACGAGCCCCAGGUCCUGCCAUCGUCGCCCACCACUCAGGUGUGCUUUGAGGAACCACAGCCAUCAACGUCAAUGUCGGCCCUCUUCCCCACGGCCUCUACCUCUUCCACAGAGCCCACCUCUGCAGGGCGAGUGCCUCCCUCCAGCUCUGGCUCCAGAGAUGCAGAUGUCUCCCCAAAAGGGUGUGGUCCCUCCAAGGCAAGUGAUGAGAUCUCCAGCCUCCCUUCAGCUUUCCCAGACAGAGAGGGAGCAUCCUUUUCUCUGUUGGAACCCCAGGAUCAGGAAGAUUUGGAACCCAUUAAGAAGAGAAUGAAAGGAGACGGGGAGCCCAACCUGGAGCUGCAGAUGUUGGUCGCAGACCAGAGUAGAGACACCCACACAGCCCUCGAGGAUGUCAGCACUGUGGCCGUGAAGCCGGACAAGAUGGAGGAGACGCUCACGUGCAUCAUCUGCCAGGACCUGCUGCACGACUGUGUGAGCCUGCAGCCCUGCAUGCACACCUUCUGCGCGGCCUGCUACUCUGGCUGGAUGGAGCGCUCUGCCCUGUGUCCCACCUGCCGCUGUCCGGUUGAGCGGAUCUGUAAAAACCACAUUCUCAACAACCUGGUGGAGGCAUACCUUCUCCAGCACCCAGACAAGAGUCGCAGUGAGGAAGAUGUGCGGAGCAUGGCUGCCAGGAACAAGAUCACUCAAGACAUGCUGCAGCCCAAAGUCAGGAGGUCUUUCUCUGAUGAGGAGGGGAGUUCAGAGGACCUGCUGGAGCUGUCGGAUGUGGACAGUGAAUCCUCGGAUGUUAGCCAGCCAUACAUUGUGUGCAGACAGUGCCCCGAGUACCGAAGGCAAGCGGGGCAGCCCCUUCCCUGCCCAGGACCCGGCAGCGAGCCAGGGGCACCCCAGGCCCCGGGGGACGCACCGUCAACAUCUGCCAGUGUCACAACAGCCCAGGAUUACGUGUGCACCCUGCAGGGAAGCCACGCCAUAUGUACCUGCUGCUUCCAGCCCAUGCCUGACCGAAGGGCGGAGCGCGAGCAGGACCCCCGCAUCGCCCCCCAGCAGUGUGCUGUCUGCCUGCAGCCCUUCUGCCACCUGUACUGGGGCUGCGUCCGGACCGGCUGCCUUGGCUGCCUGGCACCAUUCUGUGAACUCAACCUGGGCGACAGGUGUCUGGACGGGGUGCUGAGCAACAACAACUAUGAGUCGGACAUCCUGAAGAAUUACCUGGCAACCAGGGGUUUGACGUGGAAGAACGUGCUAGCUGAAAGCCUCGUGGCCCUGCAGAGGGGACUCUUCUUACUGUCUGACUACAGGGUCACCGGGAACACCGUGCUGUGCUACUGCUGCGGACUGCGAAGCUUCCGCGAGCUGACCUACCAGUAUCGGCAGAACAUUCCUCCAUCUGAGUUGCCAGUGGCUGUAACGUCCCGUCCUGAUUGCUACUGGGGCCGCAACUGCCGUACCCAGGUGAAGGCCCACCAUGCAAUGAAAUUCAAUCACAUCUGUGAACAGACCAGGUUCAAGAACUGAGCAUCCAGGGAGGCAUCGAGAUGGCUUGGCAGCAUCGGAGGUCACUGAUGGCGUGUUUCAGAAAAUACCGAAUAUAAACUAAAAUGUUUAUAUUUCACAGUCCCCCUCAGGGGACACUGGGGGUCUCUGUGUCCUACCCUCUGGUGUGACUUUCUUUUGUGGAGUGAGACCCUCUCAGUGAGACCCCCCACAGCCUGGGCGGCACAACUUCCUCUGAGCCCUGGGCCACUCAGGGCGCUUCGGCUGGAAGAGCAGCCCUCAGCCAUCCCUUCCUGUCAAGAUGGCGACAUGCAGGUGUGCUCUUUGUACCUUCCCCACAGCUGUGGUUACAGCGGAUGUCUCUCUUCAAGAAAAGCUUCCUGGGAGAAGGAAAGUUUGUCAGAAGCAUUCUGCCGUUUAAGGAAAGGGAGCAGCAGUUUACAGCCCACGGGCCGUGCGGAGUGCCCUGCCACAGGACAGCCACAGCGUCUCAUAGUUUUUUAUUUUAAUAGGUUUGGUGCUUAUCUUCUAAUAAGAUUUAAAUAUCACAAACUGUAACACAAAUAACGUAAUUUAUAAUUUUCAAAUUGACUAAAAUUGGGGAUCGUAUGGUUUUUGAAAGAAUGUAUGUUUGCGUUUGUUAAAAAAAAAUCAUCAGAUGUCCAGAACUGCUAACGCUAGACCUCCGACGUUAAGAGUGUGGCCCCUCCCGGCAGGUAUAGGUGGGUCGCCACCGUCUCGAGCCUGUGGAGGAGCAAAGCGCUGGUGCUUGCUGCAGGCCGCUGAGCGGUGCCCGUGUUCUCCGUUCCCUCUGGGCCUGUGCAGCCGUGGGCCAUGCGCAGGCCAGCCCUGGCGGCACCGCCUGCCCACAGCGCCCCUUCCCAUGCAGACGGCCAGGGGCCUUGCUUCUGCUAGUCCUUGCCUUUUCCUCCUGCGUGGGGUUUGCCCUGUCAUCUGGAAUAAUACUUGAAAUUUUAUUCUUUGUAAAAAGGAAAAAAGUUUUUUAUCUUCUGUUGAAAUUACCUGUUAAGCUUGUUUGCAAAAUUGUAACUUUUGCUUCUCCUCAGGAAUACAAUUUUCCACUGUUGACUUGCUCUUGAUCAGACUCUGAGAAGCAGCGCUGUUUGUGGAAGAAGCCCCCUUCCGCGUCCUAAUAAACAAGCCGUGUCUGUCUCUC